GAAACAGUCACAACUUGACAACACAAACCUACUUCAAUGUAAAACUUUACCCACAGCGCAUUAGCCGGUAUCUCAACAUGUCUCUUGUUCCACCCGAUAACUUUCAACACAUUCUCCGUCUUCUCAACACCAAUGUUGACGGCAAGCAAAAGGUCAUGUACGCCAUGACUCAAAUCAAGGGUGUCGGUCGUCGCUAUGCCAACAUUGUCUGCAAGAAGGCUGAUGUAGACAUGUCUAAGCGUGCUGGUGAACUUACCACUGAAGAGUUGGAGCGUCUUGUUACCAUUGUUCAAAACCCUACUCAAUUCAAGAUCCCUACUUGGUUCCUUAACCGUCAAAAGGAUAUCAAUGAUGGCAAGUCUCACCAAUUGCUCUCUAACAACGUUGAGGGCAAGCUCCGUGAGGAUCUUGAACGUCUUAAGAAGAUCCAAGCUCACCGUGGUCUUCGUCACGCUCUCGACCUUCGUGUCCGUGGUCAACACACUAAGACUACUGGCCGCCGUGGUAAGACUGUUGGUGUCUCUAAGAAGAAAUAAAUUAAAUAGUCAUCAUAACUUUGUAGAACUUAAAAAUUUGGAUUCAACACUUCUGGUGGAAUAUAACACAGUACCUGAAGAGAGAAAUUGUAUAGAAAGUAAGAAGCCUAGUCUCCCAUUCACUAAGAAAGAACUAUCAAU